GCCUCGGCGGACUCGGUUUCCCGUCGUGCCUGGAGGGUAGAAGCACGGAUGGCGGAGAAGGAUGACACCGGAGUUUGACGACGAAGUGGUGUUUGAGUAACAGAAGAAAUUGCAGAGUCUUAGUGAGUUGCUGCUGGCUGCUUCUGAUGAUGCUAGGAAAAUGCGCCUGUGUGAGAGCACAGGUGCAGUUUUUCUGACCGAUGCUCCUCAUUUUCUACUCCAUCCUGGAGAGGCAAGUAGAAAGAAAUGGGGAGGUGGAGGAAAUUCUUUCAGAUGCACUGCAAGUGUAUCUGAGAAAGAGGUGGAAUCAUAUUUUCCAGGAGACAAGGAAUGCACUGCCUAAUUCGCCACUUUAUCAGUACUUACAGGACGUAGGACAUACUGAUUUUGAAGUAUGCUCACCGUUGCUACAAAAGCCGGAAGAAUGUACAUUCGAAGAGGGGCAAAAAGACAUGGAUACAGUUGCAAUUCAGAACAAAGACGUCCUAUCAAACUUAGCUGAGAAAUUUAAAAGCUGGCUUUCUUUUUUACCAUAUAAGAAAAAAGAUGAACUACUUCACCAAUUGGAUGUUGGUUUUCGCUCGGAGGCUCUCUGCACCAUCCUGCAACAGGAAGUUCUGCUGCAGGAGGAUGUUGAACUGAUUGAGCUACUUGACCCCAGUAUCCUGUCUGCAGGGCAGCCCAAGCAACAGGAACAUGGACAUCUUCCAAUGCUACGCUCCCUAGCAACUCCUAAUAUUUGGGAUAUCUCAUUACUAUUUGCCUUCAUCAGCACGCUGAUUAUUCUUCCUCCUUCAUGGAAUGGACCUCUUGGAUUGGUGGGGGGGGUAGGCUUGUUGGUUUACGUGUGCUUGCGAGGUUUGGACACACUGAACACAGCCAAGCUGCAAAUGUCUCUAAGAAAAUGCCAACUCCAGCUAGAAGAUAUGGUGACUAAUUGUCGAGCCUUCACUAACCUUGUGAGAAAAUCUCUACGGCUCAUUCAAGAAACUGAAGUCAUUUCUAGAGGAUUUACUCUUUUGCUUGACAGGGUCAGUGCUGCUUGCCCAUAUAAUAAAGUCGGACAGCAUCCUUGUCAGCAUCUCAUUGGUCUUCGGAAAGCAGUUUAUCGGUCAGUACGAGCCAACUUCAGAGCAUCAAGGCUUGCUACCUUGUAUAUGCUGAAACAUUACCCAUUGAAUUCUGAGAGCGACAAUGUGACAAACUACAUCUGUGUGGUGCCUUUCAAAGAAUUGGGCCUUGGACUCAGUGAAGAGCAGGUGUCUGAGGAAGAAGCACACAAUCUCACAGAUGGCUUCAGCCUGCCAGCACUAAAGGUUUUAUUUCAACUUUGGGUUGGACAAAGUUCUGAAUUCUUCAGGCGGCUAAUUCUUCUGCUGUCUCCCUCCAAUGCAUCUAUCAAGACCCUGAUUAAGCCAGAACAUUUGCCACUUUCUACCUUUACUGAUGUGACUCAGGGUCUUCAUCAUGCACAUGCCGCCUGUUUAGAAGAGCUUAAACGGAGCUAUGAAUUUUAUCGGUACUUUGAAACACACCAUCAAUCUGGUUUGGAACGUUCAGUCAAAACCAAACAAAAGUCAAGAGAACUAAAUCGUCUCCACACAGCAGUGCGCAGCUUACAACUCCAUCUGAAGGCCUUGCUUAAUGAAGUAAUAAUUCUUGAGGAUGAACUUGAGAAGUUUAUUAGUUCCAAGGAAAGCCAAGAACUAACUUUGGAGGCCUACCAAGUUGUAGAAACAAAACUAAGACUUGUUCAACCUCACAUGCAAGCAAGCAACAGCUGCUGGGAAGAGGCCAUUUCUCAGGUGGAAAAACUGGUUCGAAGAAAUCCAGAGAAAAAAGGCAAUCCUGAACCAUCAUGUGAGAACAAGCAUUGCACCCAUCUGCAACCAUCUGUACAUAUAGAGGAUAAAGACCCAAUCCCUGAAGAACAGGAACUUGAAGCAUAUGUUGAUGAUGCAGAUAUAGACAGCGAGUAUAAAAGAGAUGACUUUUAUUACUUUUCCCUGGAAGACAGAGAGAGGCAAAAACGUGAAAGAGAGGAAUCCAAGAGAGUGCUGCAGGAAUUAAAAUCUGUGCUGGGAUUUAAAGCUUCAGAGGCAGAAAGACAAAAGUGGAAGCAACUCCUGUUUAGUGAUCAUGCUGUGAUGAAACCCUUGCCUGGUACAGAGCAAGAGGAACCCAUAAAUAUUUUGGGAUUGCCAAAGAAUUCAGAAUCAGGCAAGCAGGUGUGCAGCAGAGAUGACAGCUUGGAAGAAGCAGUCUCCGACUUCAAAACACAAGCUACUGACGGUGAGAAAGAUAGGGUGGAGUACCUCUCUGAUGGAUCUGGUAAGAACAAAAACGACAUUGCUGCAAAUGGUGACUCGUCAGAAGUUGAAAAAAGAACAUGUUACCAAUGCAAUGGAGAAGGUGAAGAAUCUGAGUCAGCUGGUGUGGACAGAGUUGAUGUGUCACAGCCACCUGAGAUAGAUGUGUUACAGUCCUCCAUUAAACAAAGACUGGCUGAGCUUCAUAUAUCAGCAGAUUUGAAUUUCACAUCAGGACUCGCAGCACAGGUUGCUGCCAGGUCACUGACAUUUACAACCAUGCAAGAGCAAACAUUUGGCGAUGAAGAAGAGGAGGAGGAGGAGGAGGAGAUACAGGAAAAGGAAGACUUUUUUGAAAAACACAAAGGUGAAGUAAAUGACUGCAAAAAUGAAGAAUCAUAGAGCCCACCUAAACUUUGCCUUGCCUAUUUGAACACAAUGGAAGGCUAGUGGGAUUAACAACAGCAGCACAUGCAAAGACUCAGCACUGAUAAUAUUGGAUGUUGAAGAGAAGAUCACCAUUAAAAAUCAUGACUUCAAUUGGACUUUACUAGUCUUUUGAAAUAUAUCCAUGUGCAAAUAUCAA